AUGAGAAUGUGGUGCGUGUUCGAGAUGGCAGGUUUCUUACACAGCAAAGGGCCUUGCGCAGACAAGUCGGUGCUGGUUUGCCCAGUAUUCACGGGCCCCGCGCUUGUUUUGGCCCACCUGGGUCUCAGCGUGCUCCUGCUUACAUUGUUCUGUACGGGCCUGCCUUUUUAUCCAUGGGCUGGAGUCUUCGCAUCUGCAAUGUUGUUCCCGUGCCUGCUGCUCCUUGCCCGUGUGGUGAUUCACCACUGUCGAAGCAUUGAUGCGAUUCAAUGUCAAGUCCGUCAUUUCACGGUUCAACAGUGCUCGUGUACCUGCUGUGGCUGCGGUCACAUGGAUGCCAACGGCAGCACAAUGAACUGUGACCGCCUCAUCAUCCUUCGUUGCAUUUCUGCUUGGUUCGGGUCUGUGGCAAGCUUCGAAUCCCUCGUUCGGACCCGGCUUUUGAAGGCUUUGGUCUACCAGCUUGCAAAUCAGGCGUUCUCCUAUUGGCGCAUCGUGCAGGCGGCAAGCCCAGUUGCGUUUGCCGUAUUGGACCUGCUUUACUGGCACUAUCCGGACAAGAUCGUAAUAGUACUGGAAGCGACGCUGAAAUCUGCAACUUAUCUCUUCUGUGUGGUUCCAUGCCUAGCUCAGCUUCUACUUCGCCUGGCCUACAGAAUACGCAACCUUGGACACAGCAAGCUGGCACAGUGGCUGCUUUCUGCUGUGCUCGUGGCCGCAGCGUCGCUGCUUUAUGGCGCCUACUUCUUUUGCGAAAGCGCUCUUCGCAGCCUGUCCUCGGAUACUUUUGGGCAAUUCGUGCCUGCGGACCUUGCGUUGCUGACAGUGAUGGGUACAGCCACCGUGGCUCUGUGGAGGUGCAUGCCCGCGGUUGAGAUGAUUGAGACGCCCCAAGAUCCCGCAGGGGGAUCAGAGCCUGCCUCACCCACAGCUCCAGUUUUUGCUGCGCCUGGAACGAGCCUGAGUCUGUGA